AUGGCUGCGCCGAAGAAGAAAAAAGGUGUCGUCAGUAAAGGUACUUUAAAGGCCGUACCGGCGAAGAAAAAGGCUGCCGUGGCAAAGAAAGCGCCGGCAAAGAAAGCGCCGGUGAAGAAACAACGACCCCAGGCGGAUUCCUCCGACGACGAUGCCAACGAAGAAGAGAAAAAGCCGCACAUCCAAAUCCACCAACAGCAACAACAACUCGUCCCUCGCCCGCAACAACCCAUCGCUGCUCGCAACAACAUACCGUUGGACCCGUACGCGUUCUCGCCGGACGAUGAGGCAGACGCGAACAAAAAGUACCAAUUCUCCGUUAUGUGUAUGAUGGGUAAAGAUAUUAACAUUCCGUUGCAAUUAGAUAUUGAGAAGGAUGCGGCGAUAACCGCGUUGAAGAAGAAGAUAUCGGAUAGGACAGGCGGGAAGUUGGCUUUGAACGAUAUGAUUUUAACCCUGGGUGCAAACGUGUGUAAGAGAUCCAUGACCGUAAGGCAAGCCGGAAUUAAAAACAACGUUCAAAUCAUAUUGACGUUGAAAGAGGAUUUAGCUAAAUUUAAGGUGUCUCUUUCAGACGAGCGAGACAUGACGCAAGAGGAGGUCCGCGCUGCCUUACAAAUGGUAGGCGUUGCAGUCGACGUCGUAGACGACAUCGACCCAGAGGAUAAAGUGAAAUCGCAACAAAAGAAACCGUACCGCAACGCCGACGGUAAAGCGAAAGAUCGCGAAAGAUUUACCGAAGAAGAGGUGAAAGCGUUGAUCGAUGGCGUCGCCGCGUACGGCUUAGGAAAGUGGUCGGAAAUUUUAACGCAAUCGUUCGGGCAAUCGGAAAGAACAGGAGUAGAUUUGAAGGAUAAGUGGCGUAACUUGACGUUGGCCGCGAGCCGACCUCCUGGGUUCACAUUUCGAGUGAGUUACAUGAACGCAGAGUUGUUACAACGCGUGCGAGAAGUAAAAGCUCAAGUGGAAGAGAAGAAGAAAAAAGCAGCGGCGUUCAGAGACCAGAAAAGUGGGCGAUCGCGGCAAGACGAUAUUGCGAAGGCGCAAGCCGAGGCGGCGCAAAAUAUACAAGCGCACGGCGAUUUGGGCUACCACGCGUAA